AUGGGCGGCAAGGACGAACGCAAGUCGUCGCGUCCUCAGCGCGGCUUCCCCGUAGACAACCGCAAGAUCGAUGAGCUCGACGUCGUCUACUCAGGAUGGAUUCUUAAAAAGAAGCGCAAGAAGAUGCAAGGCUACGCCAAACGCUUCCUCGUUCUGACCAACCAAGGCAUCCUCACCUACGCCAUCAGCCCCGAAAAGGCGACACGCGAUGCCAUCGAAAUCCCGCACGCCUCGGUGACGAGCAGCAUGCGUCAUGGUACGAUCCACGUUGACUCAGGCUCAAGCGUUUUCCACCUCAAGGCGCUCUCUCCGCAAGACUUUGAAGCGUGGCGUUCGCACCUUCGCUCCUUCAUCCCCGAACGUCCCGUCGGAAGCUUGCAGCGUCUCUACGUUUCUAACGGCUCGGAUCUGCAGGCCAUCGAUCUCACCGAGGUCUGGACUCGCCUCGACCAGACUUCGGCGCUCGUCGAAGAUCUCGCUACGCACUCUACCGCACUGAAGAACAAGGGCUCGUCUGCUGCCGACGCCAUCAUGGGAGCUCUAGGUGCCAAGUCGAACGGCAAAGACGACGUGGCUGCCUUCCACGCUACUGCCGAGAAGUUGGUGACCGAAUUCGAGCAGCUCAAAACCGAAAUCGAGUCCAAGAUUCCGCGUGUUGAUCAGAACGCAGGAACAAUGCGUUCCAUGUCCGGUAGCUCUGAUAUUAGUGGCUUCGGCGGCAGCAUGAGUCGCAGCAAGCGCAUGUCGGUCUCGUCGCUUGCCACCACCGGCACCGAUUCGGCCAUCUUCUAUGAUGCUGACAGCCACGGCGAAGAGCUGUUCAUGGAUGAUGACGCCAAGGGAUACGACGAGGGCAACACCUCGCGAUCCGAGAGCAGCGACGCUGAAGGCACCGAUUCCGAAGCCGAGGAGUCGCAGCAGGAUACCGACGAGACACGAACGCUUUCGGAUUCCGGGGCAGGUGGCGGCGGCAAGGUUGUGCAGUACCGCAAGAAGCUUCCUGCCAAGGUGUCCGGAGACGAAGUGUCACUGUUCAGCAUGCUCAAGAAGAACGUCGGCAAGGAUCUGUCGACCAUCUCGUUUCCAGUUUCGUUCAACUGCCCGCUUUCGCUGCUGCAGGCGGCUGCUGAAGAGUACGAAUAUGCGUCGGACCUCCUGGACCGCGCUGGCAGAUGCGAGGACUGGGUGGAGCGCAUCUGCCUCGUUGGCGCGUUUGCGGUUUCGGGCUAUGCGAGCACCAAGCUGCGCGCCAGUCGUAAGCCAUUCAAUCCUCUGCUCGGCGAGACGUUUGAAUGCGUACGCGAAGACAAGCACUGGAAGUUCCUCGCCGAAAAGGUGGUACACCAGCCGCCAGUGGUCGCAUUCUACGCCGAAGGCAAAGGCUGGAAAGCGCAAGGUUGGAGUGCGGUCAAGAACAAGUUCUGGGGUAAGUCACUCGAGUUGAUUCCGGAGGGUCAGAUUCGUCUGGAAUUUGGCGAUGGCGAUGUGUUUUCUAUCCAGAAACCAUCGUCGUUUAUGCGCAACCUGCUCGCGGGCAACAAGUACCUCGAACAUGUUGGCGAGCUGACCGUCACCAACGAAUCCACCGGUCAGCGCGCCGUGAUCGAGUUCAAAGAGGGCACCAUGUGGGGCGGUGCAGCCUCGCGCAACGGCGUCGAAGGCAAAAUUUACGAUGCCAAUGAUUCCACCGUCACGACACUCAAAGGCAAAUGGUCCGAUAGCCUUGCGCGACAAAAGGACAAGGACAACUACCAGAUGCUCUGGGAAGCCAACGAAAUGCCUCCAUACGCCGAAGACUACUACGGCUUUACCUACUUUGCCAUGUCGCUCAACGAGCUGUCCGAGGACUGCAAGGACGUGCUAGCGCCUACCGACUCGAGGCUGCGUCCCGAUCAAAAGGCCUUCGAAGAGGGCGAUGUCGACAAGGCCGAACAGCUCAAACACAAACUCGAGGAGGCUCAGCGCGCUAGGAGGAAACAGCUCGAAAGCCAGGCCAAGACCUACACUCCGAAAUGGUUCCACAAGUCUGACGACGCUCCCGGCUGGCUCUACGGUGGUAGCGAUGGAAGCGACUACUUCAAGAUCAGGAAGAAGGCCGCCGAGAACGGAAAGGAUGCCGUCUGGAACGAAGCACACGUCCCCAACGUAUUCGACGUCUGA